GAAAGAAAAGAGGAUACGAGGUCUCGGAUGGCGUCGAUGAAAGAAAGAAGCUGCUACUGUCAAUUGGGGUUCAGCUGCGUAUUGAUGGAUUCUGUAUGAAACCGAAAUUGGGCCUGAUUUGGGAUGAAUUGAGCUGUUGUGAUUGGUGGGUCGAUUUCAAUUUGAAGCAAUGGUUUGAGUUCGUGGAGUUGAAUAAAUUGGGAUGUCGUUCUCUGCUGAGUCUCGGUCGAUUGAGGCAGUGCUAGUAUCAAAUGGUGGAUGCCUACCGUUCCUAUAAAGGACUUCUUCAAACAGCAACCAAGGAAUUGAAUCGGGGGUUUUGAUGUAAUCUGAAGAUGGGUUUUUGCCCAAUUUGGUUUUGAUCAAAUGGUGGUCAUGAAUUACAGGAGACGGUGGAUGAGAUUGGGUUUAAUGGCAGUUGUUCUUGCGAAUUAGAAGACAUGAGAAUCAAUGGGUGGCAAGUAGUAUUCGAAGUUCACUUACAUUGCGAUGGGCUUGAUCUGAAAAUGGUGUUGAUUGUUCUUAUGGCUGAUCGAGUGUAAGGAUGAUAGAAUUUGGGGUUCACUGGAUAUUAGAUCCAUGAGAUUUUAGACUAACUGAUGAAGAAUUUUAAAUAUACAAGGAAAAAGAUGCUCAUUCUUCCGUUCUCUUUCUCACAAAUCAGUCGGAUCAAUUGAAGGUGUUGUUCCGUCCAAGUGAGAAGACGGAGAGAAUGACACAUUAGGUGUUCGAUAAAAGUUCUAAAUGGAUUUUUCUUCACCUCUUCAAGUUCAGUUUCUAUCAGUUGAAGCUGCUAAAAACAUUAAUUGCAUAAUGCUACACGCACAGGAUGGCAUAAUUAUUUUGAAAGUACCCUUGGCUGGGUCAGAGGAUGGCACUGUUUUGUUAUGGAGCGAUGAUAGAGAUGUGUAUCUCAAUAUGUUCUUUGGUCAUGCUAGCAGUGUUACUUGUGGUGAUUUUACCCCUGAAUCCCUGAUGAUCAUCCAUAUCAUACCGAAGGUUUAACUUGCUUGGUUAUCAGCUCAGAUUCCAGUCGUGGUAUAACAGGGUUGAAGGAUGGCUCUGUUCACAUAGUGAACUUAAUAACUGGGAAGGGUCACCUGAUCCCCACUAUAGACAUGGCUAGACUCUUUGCUGAGAGAGGUAUUACCGUCACCAUAAUCACCACUCCUUUGAACACCUUCAGGUUCAAAACAAUCAUAGAUCGUGCUGUUGAUUCUGGCUUUUCAAUCAGACUUCUGCAACUCAGGUUCCCUUCUGUAGAAGCAGGAUUGCCGGAAGGGUGUGAGAAUGUGGACUCUCUUCCUUCACGUGAAAUGGUGAGUAAUUUCUUUGAAGCCACGUCUGUGUUACAAGAACCACUUGAACAGUUGCUUGGAGUGCUGAAACCUGUUCCAAGCUGCAUAAUUUCGGCCAUCGCUUUCCCAUGGACUGCGGAGACAGCUCGUAAACUGCAAAUUCCGAGACUUGUUUUCCAUGGUACGUGUUGUUUUUCUUUGUUGUGUUGCCAUAACAUACUAGAAUACAAGGUUGCUGAUAGCAUCACAAGCGAGUCCGAGUCGUUUGUAAUACCGGGUUUGCCUGAUCGAAUUGAGAUAAUCAAAGCAAUGCUCCCAGGAAACCUUCCUCAAAGCUCAGGUGACCUGAAGAAUUUCCGUGACCAAAUUAACGCGGCUGAGCUGACUGCGCAUGGUGUAGUGGUAAACAGUUUUAACGAAUUGGAGCCUAUGUAUGCGGAAGAGUAUCUGAAAGCGAAGUUCGGAAAAGUUUGGUGUACUGGUCCAGUAUCUCUGUGUAACAAAGAGACAUUAGACAAGGCCGAGAGAGGUAAUAAAGCCUCGGUGGAUGAAAGCCAAUGUCUGAAAUGGCUUGACUUGAAAGACCCCGGAUCGGUUCUUUAUGUUUGUCUGGGAAGUCUAUGUCGAUUAACAACUUCAGAAAUGAUCGAGCUUGGGUUGGGUCUAGAAGCAUCAAAGCAUCCCUUUAUAUGGGUGAUCAGAGGCAGAGAUAAGUACCUAGAUUUAGAAAAAUGGUUACUUGAAGAGAAAUUCGAGGAAAGAAACAAAGAUAGAGGUCUCGUAAUCAAGGGCUGGGCACCACAAAUACUAAUUUUGUCGCACAAAGCAAUAGGAGGAUUCUUAACGCAUUGUGGUUGGAAUUCAGUACUUGAGGGAGUUUGUGCGGGUGUUCCGAUGAUAACAUGGCCUAUGGGUGAAGAACAAUUCUUUAAUGAGAAAUUGGUUGUUCAAGUUUUGGGAAUUGGAGUGAAGAUAAGAGGAGAUGAUAUUCAUGCUAGUGAUGCUACGAAACCAAUGGAACUUAUGGAAGAACACAGGAAGUUUGGAAGUGAUGAAAAUAAGAGGGAAGAGGUGGAGAAGGCUGUGAACAGAGUAAUGGAUGGAGGUGGAGAAGGAGAAGAGAGAAGAAGAAAAGUGAGAGAACUUGGAGAGAGAGCAAAGAAGGCCAUGGAAGGUGGGGGAUCAUCUCAACUCAAUAUGACACUAUUCAUUCAAGAUAUACAGCAGCAAGGACCAAAACAAGGAUAAUUUGUUUUAUUUAUUUUUUCUGUAAGUGAAAUAAAUUACUGUUUUCUUUGCCCAUUCGAAUCAAACAGUGUUAUCUCUUGAUUAUUA